UAUAUACUUCUGAACGUAGAAGUCAUCUUCAAGAUCAUAAGAUGUAUAUUAUUCUGCAAGUUUUGCUUCUUCUUCUAGUCCUUCCAAUUGUAACUGAGGUUUCAGGUAUAAAUACAGACUGUAAAGGCUGUUAUUAUGAGGGAAAAUGCUUUUGUGGUGGCUUAGGCAUAAUUAAAUCCGCUCAUACAUGUACAGAAAUAGAAUGUGUAAACAGUCAGCCAAAAAUUAAAGAUACAUAUUGCAAAGAUAAUAAGGGAAAUUGUCUGGCAGCAGGGGAGAAACAUCCUGGCAUGUUUAACGGUGGUUGUGUAACAUUUUCAUGUUUGAAACUGGUAAACGAACUUCACAUGAAGGUUUUAUAUAAUGCGAGAUGUAAUGGAUGUUAUGCAGCAGGAAUGUGUAUUUGUAAUGGUACAACAGGUGUAUAUAGAAGAGCGUAUAGCUGUAUGAAGAUAGAGUGUGUUGGGGGCAUAAUCAAUGUUCUUCAACAAUAUUGCAGGGAUAAUGCAGGAAAUUGCUUACACGUUGGUAACGUACAAUUUGGUGUUCAUAAUAACUUUUGUGUAAGAUUUAUCUGCCUGAUAAAGAACAAUAUACCGAGAGUAUUCGUACAUUUAGAACUGGUUUGUAGGUUAAAACAUAUAUACGGAAGCUGGCGGAAAUAUGUCACUGAUGGACUGAAACACUGUUAAAUAAAAUUCGAUGUUCCGUAUUUUUAAGUGUUUAUGGUGUCAAUUAAAUAAAUGCUAAAAACAUAUAAUAACAUGGAGACCGUGUUUCAUUAUAUUAGCUAAAACACUGCUUCUACUUAUACAGAGAUAUCUAAAAAUCCACAACUUCAUUUAUUUAUUAGAAUCGUUACUCCGAUGCUGUUUUCAUUUUUUUGUUUUUUGUUUUUUGUUAUCAAAUUCGUGCCCGCGAAAAAUGUAAUAGCAACGUGUCGAAAUAAAUUAAUAUAUUCUCUUCAA